AUGAGUGAACCGGCUUCUCCGCCACCAGCGCUACCAAAAUCCAUGCUAAACUGGCAUAAGCCGGAAUGGAUCUAUUUAUAUCUUAUUUUCGGCUUCGUCUUUCUUUUGGUCGUUCGGCGGAUUGCACUCUACUCAAUCGAUCACAGUCUUCGCGGAAAGUAUAAACCGGGCUUCAAGUCAGAACUUCCGAUUCGUAUGACCCGAUGGCACAAUAUCGUCUUCAGCUACGAAGCAUUUCAAACCAAAUACUUGAAUCGUCCAGCAAUCUGCCGGAUAGCUGGCACCAAUAUUUUUGGGUGUUUGGAUUGGGCGGAAGUGGGGAUGAUCACGGUCCUAUACCUCACUAAUGCGCUUAUGAUAAUUAUUCCAAUCAAGUAUACCACAAUGACGACCCUAACAGGUUCACUGAGAGAGAAGCUGGCUCUUCGUGCCACGCGUUGCGUGAUAGUUCAAUUACCAAUCCUCUUUGCGACAGCUGGUCGAUGUAGUCUGAUAUCCUCUUUGGUCGGCGCUUCCUAUCGCUCCAUGAAUUCCAUCCAUCGUGCUAUUGGCCGGUUGUGUUUUCUUCUGGUCAUUGUUCACGUCUAUUGUACCGCAUUGACUCUCUCGUUGAUGCUGGGUCCACAAGUAGCUGCUAAGAAAAUACGCACCGCGCCCAGCCUCCGUUUCGGUACGGCGGCUCUUUGCUGUUUUAUCGUCUCGGCUACGUUCAGUUUUCAAUGGGUCCGGCAUCGUCAAUUUAAUCUUUUCUUGAUCACACAUGUUUUUGCAGCCGCGAUCGUCCUCCCAAUGAUUUACCACCACAAAUCACAAGUUGGCCCAUGGUUGACUGCUAGUGCAGUGAUUUGGGCCAUUGAUCGAUGCAAUCGCUGGGUCGGAAUCAUUCUGAAUCAUGUUCUGGCGUCACUAUUCGUGCGAUCAAAUGGAAUAGGAACGAUUACCGCUACUGUUGAUCGUCUUGAUGGAGCGAUUGUCCUACGAAUUCCAAUGCAUUUUACCUGGUCACCUGGCCAACACAUUUACAUCAGUUUUUGGUCUUCGAAGAUGUUAUCAAAGCCAUGGUUCUAUGGCCGUUGGCAUCCAUUCACCCUCACCAAUCUAUCAUCAGAUGGCACACUUCGACGUAAGGAUGGAACGGAGGUUGAGAAGACUGAGCGACGAUCAUGGACGGGUUGUUGUUUGAUUCAAGUCCGAAGUGGGACAACCAAGUGGUUAGAACAGCACGCUGGAGCAAGUAUUGAGGUUUUGAUCGAUGGACCUUAUGGUGGUAAUGGUGGCAGUAUUGCCGCCUAUUCAACCCUUGUUUUGAUUGCCGGAGGUGCUGGGAUCACUUACGUCUUGGGAGUGCUCGAAGGGGUUGCCAUUUCUGCUCGGCGCAAUCAGGGUGGACAAUUACGCCGAGUGGAAGUUCAUUGGGUACUCCGGAAGCAAUCUCAAUUAGCCUGGGUGGACGACCGAAUAAGAGAAAUACGUGGCAUACUGGAGGGAUUAGACUUGGAGAUUUUGACCUGUGCUUAUAUUACUCGAGGCGUUCGAGCUUCACCCGGUGUUCGUUCCGAAAUGGUCAGUCGACCAAUUCCGAUCGCAGUCAAACUAGGACGUAUGGGUAAUCACGAGUAUCUCAAAAUGCUCAGACAAGCCCCGGCCCCACCGCAAUCCCCCUGCAAGACUGAAUCAAGAGUUGAGAAGGAGAGGGUGGCUGCCUUCAGUCAGGUCUCCGGUCGGCCGAAUCUAGACCACGUGAUUGCGGAGGCCUGCCAACAAUCACUUGGAAGGGUACUCAUCCACGUGUGUGGUCCACGCAGUUUAUCCGACGCAGUCAAGGUUUCAGCAGCCAGACAAUCUAGCCCACUCGAAGCCUGGAGAGGCAACCUUGGUCGAUGUAUUGUCCUACACCACGAUCUGUUCAAUACAACAUGA